UGGGUUGCACCGCUCGGCUCCAUUGCCCUAGUCUUCAACUUCAUCUUUGCUAAAAUCCUUGUCGGCACUCAAAUCACUCGCAAGGAUGUCUACGGAACAAUUGUCGUCAUGUUAUCGGUCGUCUGGAUCGUCAUCUUUGGCGGCAUGAACUCUGGAGGCGACAUUGAGGAUACGCUGACGCUCACGGAUUUAAAGGCACUGUUUGCCAAGACAGUCUUCAUCAUCUACUUCUCGAUCCUGAACACCAUCAUCUUUGCAUUCCUGGCCCUGGGCAUGUAUGCCUAUUGGGCUAUAUCGCUCGACGACGAGUCGGGCCAGCUCCGGAAGAAUAUGAAGACCAAGUUGACGAAGCUGCUGGGCACGAAUCGCUUUGCGAGAGCCUCAGGAUUGACUCUGAAUGGAGACGAGGGUCUUGAGGCCGAAGCAAGAGAUCUAAGGCUGAAGAAGGUUGUUGCCAUGAUUAUGUCCGCAUGCGGAGGACUCUUAGCGAGCGAGACACUGUUGUUAGCAAAAAGCGGUGUCAAAUUGAUUACUUCGACCUUGGCUGGCCAGAACCAAUUUACGGACAACCUCAGUUUUUUUAUUCUCUUUGUUCUCGUCUUUACUGCCAUCCUUCAGGUCUAUUGUCUGAACACAGGACUGAAGCUUUACGACUCUGUGUUGGUGGUGCCGACUUUUUACGGAUUCUACACUGCAUUUGGA